AUGUGCAAGAAUGAGGGAAGACGUACCGAUGAGCUGAUAGAAUUUGUUGCAACCACUGUAACAGGAAUAAAGAAUUCUCCUAAAAAAAGUGAGCAAGCACUCAUUGAUCAUCUACAUUGUCAAUACCGUGAACGGUUUACAUCUUUUUUGGGAUUGUUGGAUGGAAGAGAGCAUAGCACAUUGUUUGUCUUACUUUUUGAAGAGUUGGAUAGAACAAUAGUUUCUAUAGAUAUUGGUGAAGAGGUUGUAUAUAAUGAUAAUCUGGCGAAUAAGAGGUACUCUACUUUAUUGAUUAUUAAAUCUAGAAAUGGAAUUGUGGAUACAGAACCGAUUGCAACACAAAUAAAUGUCAUAUAUUUGCCUGGUCCCGUAAAUACAGGAAACUUGGCCUCAAUUAUUACACAUGGUGUAUCAUCUGUAUUUAGCCAAUUGGUAAAGUCAGAUACAAAGGCAUAUUCUGCCGAAACUAUAGAUAAAACAAGGAGAAAACUUGAUGACAUUUCCAAACAAUUUCAACAGUUACAUAAUUCAAUUGAAACGCCAGAUCUUUUGGCGAUGGUCCCUGGUAUUAUCAAAUUGGCAGUAUCGAAAGGGGCCACUUCACAGGAUUAUGCACAUUACCUCUCUACCAAUGAUUUGGAAAGUAUGAAAUUUUUAAACACUUUACAAAGUAUUGCAAACAAGUGGUUUUUGGUUCUUAAACAAACGUUGGCCAUCGACAGAGAUAUAAAAGAGGGUUCUUUUUUGAAUGAAGUAGAGUUUUGGUCUAACUUGCAAGAAGUCUUGAAAUCACUUAUUCAACAAACGCAAAGCCAAGAAUUUCAAGUAUGCCUAUCCGUUCUAACAAACGCAAAAAGAUUCCAUAAUUUAACAAACUUAUUGAAUGAAGGUUCGCUUUCAGAUAAAUUUAAGCUAGCGGAUAAGUAUGACCAAUUUCUAUCAUCGAUCCCUAUCGAUGAAGUUCACCAGCCAACCAGCCUUGAAGACUUACAUGGAUUAUUUGCUAUCUUAAUACCUUCUUUGAAAAAAUUCAGAUAUUCAGGUUAUCCAGUUCAAAGAUUUGUUGUGCUGAUGGACAAAAUCUCACAAGAAGUCAUGGAUGCGAUUUUAAAUAGUCUCUCAAAUUUGUUUCAAUUAGACUAUGAUUCUUUUUUGGCUCUAUACGAAAAAUCAACCCGUAUUAUAGAAGAAUGGGAUGAUAUUGUUCAGGACAUCAAUCUUUUGAUAAGAGAGGAUAUUAGGAAAAGAGCACCACAAGAAUUACUAUCACAAAAGCUGACAUUUACAAGUGCGUCCAUAAAGGCGAUUCUAGGUGAAAUUUCAAACGUACGAAAGCGUUUUUUUUCAUUAGCAGAAACCAUUAAGGAUUUAUCCCCUUCUACUUGUUACGAAGAAAUGCAGAGAUUAUAUCAUCCAUUUGAGCAGAUCGAUGAUAUUUCCGUGAAUCUUCGAUUGAAAUUGAAGCAAGCCGAAAGUGAAUUUAUUAAAAAUAUGUUUGAUUUAGAGACGAAAUUACAAAAUCUGCUGGCAAGUGUGAUUGACUCUGAUCGUUGUCCAACUGAAAAACUAAGCUACCUGGUAAAGUUCAAGCCAUUAAUGGAAUUUUGUCCUAGAAUAAAAGUGAAAGUACUAGAGAAUCAACAGAUACUGCUACUGGAGAUAAAGAAAGAUAUACGGCAACUGGAAACUGGUUUGGGUGUUUUGCCUAAGAUUCUGCAUGUGGAAGUUUUGAAUAAUAUACCUCCCACAUCUGCAAAAAUUUCGUACUUCGUUAAUGUUCAGUCCCGUAUUGACAACAUAGUACAGUAUCUCGAAACACUUUUUGGUUCUAACUGGAAUGACACACUUGAAGGGCGUUCAAUAUCUACUUCGAUAUUGCAACUAAGAAAGGAUGCAAAUCCUCAGGAUGUAUUUCUUCAAUGGUUGAGUAAUUUUCCCGAAAAAGCAACAGCAAACCUUUUGGCGACACCUAUUUUAAAACUUAUAAGGAAUAAUGAGGAUGGUUAUGAAUUAAAAGUUAACUUCGAUUUUGCCUUAGCCGCUGGUUACACAGAGUUGAGGAGUUUGACCUAUAUGGCAUUUCAAGUACCCAGUCACAUAGUACGUAUUGCAAGAACUUACAUGUACUUGUAUCCAAGAGCCAUUAACUUGGUUGAACUAAUUCAAACUUUUUUUUCACUCAGCAAAUCACUAUCUCACACCUUUUAUACAAACAUCUUUUUGAAGAAUAACAUACGCACUGUAUGGUUACUGUUACAACGAAUUCUGGUUACACCGUGGGAAUCUUUACGAGAGACAAGUUCGGAAAUCCCUUGUUCGGCACACAGUCUAGCCGUAUUGGAAAAAUCGAUUGAUGGCAUGAUUUCUGAUUAUAAAAUAUUGGAAAGCUCCGAGACUCGGUUUGCCGAGGAAUUCUCUGGCCUGAAAUGUUUUGAUGGUACUACUGAUGAGUUGCACAAAGUGGAGGAAAGGAUAAGCAAUAUUCAGGCUAUUCUUGAAAAUCUUUCCGUGAGAGGUCUUGCUAAUGUUAGUGACCAUAUUUCCAAGUUCAAUGAUUUAAUUAUCAACAUCCUCUUGGAGAAAUUGUGUUUUAAUUUGAAAGAACUGCAUUUUCCAAAGCAUGUAUUAAAACUUGGUUUCAAUGAGGGUAGAAUAAUGCCAUAUCCAUCCUUGGCUGCUAUAAAAGGUUCUUUAUUGAAGGAUAUCGAGGCUCUUUUAGAAAGAGUCGUUCUAAUUAAGUUUUUGCAUGGCUCCGAACAUCCUGUCCCUACUACAUUGACUUUUGGUUCACUGGUCACCAAGCUGAAUGAUGAUAUACAAAUUUGUAUAGAACAGACUCAAAUUUUACAUUGUAAGAUAAAUUCUUAUGUCAGAGAAUGGCAGAAAAUGGAAUUUCUCUGGCAAAUGACGGAGGAUACUUUUUUAGAGAUAGCCGAUAAUAGUGCUGAAAAAUGCUUCGAAAUUUUAAAAGGGCUUCUUGAUUCUCAGUUAAAAUUCAAUCUAAUGCUAAGCCGAAAUAAUUUUUCAAAAAACUUUGUACUGCAAACUCAAGAUGCACACCGUCAUAUCCGCUCCAAAAUGGAUUCUUGGAUUUCAUAUGUCAGCAAGCACCUUUUGUCAAUAUAUGAACGUGAUGCGAGGAAAUUGCACGAAGAUAUGAGCAGUGACAGGGAAGCUUUCGAGGAUAUGGACUUGAAUUUUACCUCUUUGAAAAAUGCAACCGUGAUAAUUGAGGCUAUCAACGUAAAUAAAGGCCAUCUCGCUGAACGAGAAACCCAAAUUAAGCUACUCAGUUCUGUUAUGGGGGUGCUUACAAAGCUAAAGGUAGGGUUUCCGUCGCACCUUGUCUACAUAGAACAACUCGAUACUGAUUUUAGUUCGUUGAGGGAAAGCUUGGGCUAUGUUGAACAAGAGUUGCAAAAACAUCGCGUUGUUAUAGCUCAAAAUCUAGAACAAGGCGUUGAAAAUAUAAAUAAUCUGUCGCUAUCUUUGAAGGAAAGUUGGUCGGUCAGGAAACCGAUAUCGCCAACAUUAACUCCAUCUGAAGCACUUAAUAUCCUAGAGUUUUUCAAUGAUUCGAGUGUUACAUUGAAGAGAAAGAUUGAAUCUGUUGCGGCCGCUGCAAAGAUGUUAUUGAUCCCUAUUGUUUUGAGUGAUCAGCUAACACACGUGGUGGAAGAGGUUAAACAGUAUGAACUAGUUUGGAAGAGCAUCAAAGACCUUUGGGAAGAUGUACAAAGGACUUUCGACAUGCCAUGGCGUAGUGUAAACGUAUUGUUACUUCAACCGGAUCUAGCAGUCUUUCUCCAGAGGGCGGAUGAACUGCCGAGAGCUGUCAAACAGUUUGAGAUAUAUAAGUCUCUACUUUCACAAGUUAAUAUGCUUAGCUCUGCAAAUAAAACCUUGGUGGAAUUAAAGGAUGCUGCUUUGAAGCCAAGGCAUUGGAACAUGAUAUUUCGCGAUAUUGGUAAAAGACAGAUACAAAAAAAUUUAGUUAAUAAGAUGGAGUUUUCUCUUAAAGAUGUCAUGGUCCUCAAUUUAACCCUAAAUGAAACACUACUUACAAAGAUUAUAGAAAGAGCACAAAAAGAAUUCGUUAUAGAGAAGUCUCUGAAUAGAAUUAAAUCUUUUUGGAAGGAGGCUCAAUAUGAAGUUAUAGAGCACUCAAGUGGACUCAAGCUUGUGAGCGAAUGGGAUGUACUAGAGCAAGCCUGUAAAGAAGAUCUAGAGGAGCUAGUGUCUAUGAAAGCUUCGAACUACUACAAGAUUUUUGAGCAAGACUGUCUGGAUUUGGAAUCUAAACUCACGAAACUAUCAGAAAUUCAGAUAAAUUGGGUCGAAGUUCAGUUUUACUGGUUGGACUUGUAUGGAAUCCUUGGUGAAAAUUUGGACAUUCAAAACUAUUUACCUCUCGAAACCUCGAAAUUUAAAAGCUUGACUGGUGAGUAUAAAAUGAUAACCACAAGGGCUUUUCAACUCGACACAGCAAUUGAAGUAAUACACAUACCAAAUUUCGGCACGACGUUGAAGUUAACAAUAGACUCUUUGGAAAUGAUAAAAUCGUCGUUAUCGACAUUUUUAGAGCGGCAAAGAAGGCAAUUUCCAAGGUUUUACUUUCUAGGCAAUGAUGACCUUUUGAAAAUCAUAGGGUCUGGAAAACAUCACGACCACGUUUCGAAGUUUAUGAAGAAAAUGUUUGGAAGCAUUGAGUCUAUAAUAUUCUUCGAGAAUUUUAUAACCGGUGUAAGAUCAGUAGAGGGUGAAGUAUUAAAGUUGAAUAAAAGAAUCAAUCUGAAGACCUCGAUUCAAGCUCAGGAGUGGUUAAAUAUUUUGGAUACGGAAAUUAAGCUAAGUGUGUUCACUCAAUUUAAAGAUUGUUUGAGCCAAAUGAAAGACGGAACGGACAUGGAAGUAAUUAUAUCUAAGCACAUCUUUCAAGCCGUUCUUCUUGCAGCUCAAGUUAUGUGGACAGAACUUGUCGAAAAAUGUAUUAAAUCUAAUGAAUUUUCGAAAUACUGGGAAGAGGUAAAUAUAAUAAUCAGAGGAUUGUUGGAUAAGUUGAAAAAAUCAUCUCAUAAUGCGAAAAAAAAAAUUGAAGCUCUACUUGUUGAGUAUUUGCAUUUUAAUAAUGUUAUUGAACAGCUUAAGGAUUGUUCUUCCAAGGAAGAAGCUCAACUACUAUGGGCGAACGUUCAAAAGUUUUAUCAAAAGGACGAUACUUCAGAUGAUCUCAAUUCCGUUUUUAUCUCUCAGAGUGGCUACCUCUUGCAGUACAAAUUUGAGUAUAUAGGCAUUCCAGAAAGAUUGAUUUAUACACCAUUGCUGCUUAUCGGGUUUGCGGCUCUUACCGAUUCUUUACAUCAAAAGUAUGGUGGGUGCUUCUUCGGUCCUGCUGGAACAGGUAAAACGGAAACUGUGAAAGCAUUUGGUCAAAAUCUCGGCCGUGUGGUUGUAGUUUUUAAUUGUGAUGAUUCAUUCGAUUAUCAAGUUCUUUCUAGGCUGCUAGUAGGUAUCACACAGAUUGGGGCAUGGGGAUGUUUCGACGAAUUCAACAGGCUGGAUGAGAAAGUUUUAAGUGCGGUGUCUGCCAAUAUCCAACAAAUACAGAAUGGCCUCCAAGUCGGAAAGUCCCAUAUAACACUUUUAGAAGAAGAAGCCCCGCUGAACUCUCACACUGCAGUAUUUAUUACUUUGAAUCCUGGGUAUAAUGGAAGGUCUGAGUUACCGGAAAAUUUGAAAAAGAGCUUUCGAGAAUUCUCUAUGAAAUCUCCACAAAGUGAUACUAUUGCAGAGAUGAUCUUACAAAUUCUGGGAUUCGAGGAUUCUAAGACUUUGGCUUCAAAAAUUGUUCAUUUUCUGGCCCUUUUAUCUUCAAAAUGCACUUCAAUGAAUCAUUAUCACUUUGGUUUGAGGACGCUAAAAAGUGUAUUAAGAAAUUGCAGCCCUUUGAUCACUAAAUUUGGGAAAGAGGAAAGAACAGUGGUAGAAAGUUUGAAAAGAGUCAUUUUACCAUCGCUGGGAGACAAUGAUGAAUUGGUAUUCAAAGACGAAUUAUCGAAAGUAUUUGGUUCUGUAGGAGCAGCGCUAAAUUCAGAGGCUAUUGUUCAAUGUUUAAAUGAUGCCGGUCUAAGGAAUGGCUUUUCAAUGUCUGAAGAAUUUCUUAAGAAAUGUUUGCAGUUUUAUUACAUGCAGCAAACCCAACAGGCUUUGAUACUUGUAGGUAGGGCAGGUUGUGGUAAAACGGCGACAUGGAAAACAGUUAUUGAUGCCAUGGCCAUCAUUGAUGGUCAUGCUAAUAUUGUGUAUGUUAUUGAUACAAAGGUUCUUACCAAGGAAUCCUUGUAUGGAAGUAUGCUCAAAGCGACGUUAGAGUGGAGGGAUGGACUUUUUACUUCAAUUCUAAGAAGAGUUAACGAUGAUAUUACGGGAACUUUUAUGAAUUCGAGAAUUUGGGUUGUAUUUGAUAGUGAUCUAGACCCAGAAUAUGUAGAAGCUAUGAACUCUGUUCUUGAUGAUAACAAAAUUUUAACGCUGCCAAACGGUGAAAGACUUCCUAUUCCACCGAACCUUCGCAUUGUAUUUGAAACCGACAACCUUGAUCAUACUACACCUGCUACUAUAACUAGGUGUGGUUUACUGUGGUUUUCGACAGAUGUGUGUUCGAUUUUCUCCAAGAUUCACUGCCUACUCAAUAAAAGUUAUGAAGCGCUUGAUAGUAAACUAUCCAUGUCUGUGUUAGAAAAAAUGAAGGACAUCAUAUCUGGUUCUUUCAAUAUGACUUCUUUAACCAACAUUUUUAAAUGUUCGAAUGAUUUAGAUCACAUUCUGGGGAUUCGAACUUUUAAUAAGUUAGAAACUGCGGUACAGUUGGCUGUUCACUUAAUCUCGAGUUAUAAGCAGUGGUUUCAAAACUUGGACGAUAAAAGCUUGAAAAAUGUGAUUACUAUAUUGGUUAAGAGGUCACUAUUAUAUGCACUAGCUGGUGAUUCAACUGGUAAAUCACAAACGGCUUUCAUACAAGCUAUAAACACUUAUUUUGGACAUGAGAGCCAAGAACUGUCCGAUGAUUCUACCGUAGUUAUUGCGAACGAUAGGUUGAAUUUUAGUUCCUUUUGUUCUGAAAUUCCUUCCGUUUCUUUGGAGGCACAUGACGUCAUGAGGCCUGAUAUUGUUAUCCCUACAAUUGACACGAUCAAGCAUGAGAAGGUUUUUUAUGACCUUCUCAAUUCGGAAAGAGCAAUUAUCCUUUGCGGACCACCUGGAUCUGGUAAAACAAUGAUUAUGAAUAACGCACUCCGGAACUCUUCGCUCUAUGAUGUUGUUGGAAUAAAUUUUUCCAAAGACACCACCACUGAGCAUAUUUUAUCAGCUCUACAUCGGCAUACAAACUAUGUAACCACAUCGAAAGGUCUUACUUUGCUUCCAAAAUCAGAUAUCAAAAAAUUAGUACUAUUUUGUGAUGAGAUAAACUUACCAAAACUCGACAAGUAUGGUUCUCAAAAUGUCGUUUUAUUUUUAAGACAGCUGAUGGAGAAGCAAGGAUUUUGGAAAACACCAGAAAAUAAAUGGGUGACAAUAGAGAGGAUACAUAUUGUUGGUGCUUGUAAUCCUCCAACUGACCCAGGAAGAAUUCCUAUGUCAGAAAGAUUCACACGACAUGCUGCUAUUCUUUACCUAGGUUAUCCCAGUGGAAAAUCUCUUUUCCAUAUUUACGAAACAUAUUACAAAGCCAUUUUCAAGCUAGUCCCUGAGUUUAGAUCAUACGCUGAGCCCUUUGCCUCUGCUUCAGUUCAUUUAUAUAAUAAAUGCAAAACUAGAUACGGCACUGGUCUUCAAUCACACUAUCUUUUUUCACCAAGAGAAUUAACACGUUUUGUUAGAGGUGUUUACUCUGCAAUUAAUAAUGGUCCGAGACAAUCACUGAGAUCAUUAAUACGGUUAUGGGCUUAUGAAGCUUGGAGAAUAUUUGCAGAUAGGCUAGUAAGGGUAAAGGAAAAAAACAGUUUUGAACAACUCCUUUAUGAGACAGCCAAUAAAUAUUUUCCUAACCAGGACUUGGGCAACAUAAGCUCAACUUCCCUUCUUUUUUCGGGUUUGCUAAGUCUUGAUUUCAAAGAGGUCAACAAAAUAGAUCUCGUAAACUUUAUAGAGGAAAGAUUUAAGACAUUCUGCGAUGAGGAACUAGAAGUGCCAAUGGUUGUACACGAAUCUAUGGUUGACCAUAUUUUGCGUAUUGAUCGUGCGUUAAAACAAGUUCAAGGCCAUAUGAUGCUGAUUGGUGCAAGCAGAACAGGUAAAACUAUCCUAACAAGGUUUGUGGCGUGGUUGAACGGUUUGAAAGCUGUUCAACCCAAGAUCCACCGUCACUCCAGGCUUAAUGACUUUGACAUUGUUUUAAAAAAUGCAAUUUUAGACUGCACGCUUAAGGAAUCUCGUACUUGUUUAAUUAUUGAUGAAUCCAAUAUUUUAGAGACGGCGUUUUUGGAAAGAAUGAAUACGUUACUUGCAAACGCUGAUAUACCAGAUUUGUUUCAAGGGGAGGAGUAUGACAAGCUUUUGAAUAACUUGCGAAAUAAAACUAGGUCCCUGGGCCUUUUAUUGGAUACAGAACAAGAAUUGUAUGACUGGUUUGUUGGGGAAAUUGCUAAGAACCUUCACGUUGUCUUCACGAUCUGCGAUCCUACAAACAAUAAAUCCUCGGCUAUGAUAAGUUCGCCAGCCCUUUUCAAUCGUUGCAUAAUUAAUUGGAUGGGUGACUGGGAUAUGAAGACAAUGUCCCAGGUUGCCAACGAUAUGGUGGACCGGGUUCCUAUGGAAUUCACAGACUUUGAAAUACCUGAGGUCAGUGAAGAGAUGGUGUUUACGAAGUCAAUUCAAACCAUAAGAGAUGCUGUAGUUAAUAUUCUAAUUCAUUUUGACAAGAGUUUUUACGAAAAUAUGAAAAUUGGGGUGUAUCCAAGGUCCCCUGGGUUUUUUAUUGAUGGUUUGCGUGUCUUGCAGAAUCUUGUUAUGGAGAGAUAUCAAGAUUUACAGGAAAACCAAAGAUUUGUCAAUGUGGGUCUCGAGAAACUAAACGAAUCUGUCUUGAAGGUUAAUGAACUGAACAAAACAUUGUCAAAGAAGAAUGCCGAACUUAUUGAGAAAGAAAAGGAAGCUAGGAGCACAUUGGAUAAUAUGCUUAUGGAGCAAAACGAGUCAGAAAGAAAGCAAGAGGCUACAGAGGAAAUCAAGAAGAUAUUAAAAGUACAAGAAGAAGAUAUAAGAAAAAGAAAGGAGGUUGUCAUGAAAAGUAUUCAAGAUAUUGAACCCACCGUUCUUGAGGCACAACGAGGCGUAAAGAAUAUAAAAAAGCAACAAUUGACAGAAAUCCGAUCAAUGGUAAAUCCUCCAUCUGGUGUAAAAAUUGUAAUGGAGGCUGUUUCUGCUAUUCUUGGGUACCAAUUUUCCAAUUGGAGGGAUAUUCAACAAUUUAUCAGAAAAGAUAACUUUAUUCACAAUAUAGUACAUUAUGAUACCACCCUUCAUAUGAAGCCCCAAAUACGAAAGUAUAUGGAAGAGGAAUUUUUAUCAGAUCCUAAUUUUACUUAUGAGAUAGUGAAUAGGGCCAGCAAAGCGUGUGGGCCGUUAUAUCAGUGGGUCAAUGCCCAAAUAAACUUCAGUAAAGUUUUACAUAAUGUAGAUCCGCUGAGAGAAGAAAUGAAGAGAAUAGAGUUUGAGUCGUUGAAAACGAAGGCCAAUUUACUUGCCGCUGAAGAAAUGACACAGGAUUUAGAAGCCAGUAUUGAAGUGUCAAAGCAAAAAUACAGUUUAUUAAUCAGAGAUGUUGAAGCCAUAAAGACAGAGAUGAGCAACGUACAAACUAGUCUCGAUAGGUCCUUAUCUUUGGUUAAAAGUUUAACUUUCGAAAAAGAAAGGUGGCUGAACAGUACAAAGCAAUUUAGUAAAACAAGUCAAGAGCUGAUUGGAAAUUGUAUAAUUUCAUCCAUGUAUGAAACAUACUUUGGUCAUUUGAAUGAAAGGGAAAGGAGUGACAUGUUAAUCAUUUUAAAGAACUUGCUGGACAAAUUUGGCGUUAAGUACGAUGUAAAUUAUCGUUUCAUCGAUUAUCUGGUAACAUUAGAUGAAAAAAUGACGUGGAUUGAAUGUGGGCUGAAUAAGAACGAUUACUUUUUGGAAAACAUGAGCAUAGUCAUGAAUUCAAAAGAUGCAGUUCCAUUUCUUUUGGACCCAAGUUCCCACAUGGUGACGGUUAUUUCGAAAUAUUACGGCAAUAAAACUGUACUUCUCAGUUUCCUCGAAGAAGGAUUCGUUAAAAGAUUAGAAAAUGCAAUUAGAUUCGGAAGUGUAGUUAUAAUUCAGGAUGGAGAAUUUUUUGAUCCAAUCAUAUCAAGAUUAAUCUCCAAAGAGUUCAAUCAUGCCGGGAACAGAGUUACUGUGGAGAUUGGAGAUCACGAAGUAGAUGUCUCAGGCGAUUUUAAAUUAUUCAUCCAUUCUUGUGAUCCCAGUGGAGAUAUUCCGAUAUUCCUCAGAUCAAGGGUAAGGUUAGUUGAUUUUGUCACAAAUAAGGAAAGUAUUGAAACACGAGUCUUUGACAUCACUUUGACGGAAGAGAAUGCGGAAAUGCAAAGACAAAGGGAAGAUUUGAUAAAAUUGAAUACUGAAUAUAAGUUGAAAUUGAAGAAUCUGGAAAAGCGACUUUUGGAGGAACUAAGUAAUUCACAGGGGAAUAUGUUAGAAAAUGAUGAGUUGAUGGUGACUUUGAACAAUCUGAAAAAAGAAGCUAUUAACAUUGAAAGAAAGCUAAGUGAAUCUGAGGAAUUUUUCCCACAAUUUGAUGGCCUGGUAGAAAAGUACUCUGUCAUCGGUAAGCAUAGCGUCAAAAUAUUCUCUAUGUUGGAGAGAUUCGGUCAGUUUCAUUGGUUUUACAACAUUUCCAUAGGGCAAUUUUUAUCAUGUUUCAAACGUGUCUUUAGUAAGAAAUCGAGAAAAACAAAGGCAGGUAUGACAAGGGUGGAUGAAAUUCUUUGGAUAUUAUACCAAGAAGUAUAUAGUCAAUUUUCCACCACUCUUGACAAGAAUUGUAAAAUGAUCAUGGCUAUGACGAUGUUUUGUUUGUACAAAUUCGACAUUGAAAAUGAACAAUAUAACGAAGCAGUUCUAACAAUGAUUGACAUGCUCUCUGAAAGUAGCGAUGACGUGCAAAAACUAAACGUAGAUGCUAAUGACGAUUUGAAACACUUAUUGGAGCACGUUACAACCAAAUCGUAUAUAUCUGCGUUGAACUGGUUCAAAAAUGAGUUUUUUGUCGAAGAGUGGAAUAUAGCGGAUGUGGUAACGAACUCUGAGAACAACUUUUUUACUAUAGCAACUGAGCGAGAUGUUGAUGGCACAUUCAAACUAGUCGAAUUGGCGAAGGCCUUGAACGAAUCGUUAAAAAUCAUCCCGUUAGGGUCCAUCGAAAAUCUAAAUUAUGCGCAAGAGGAAAUAUCAAAAUCCAAGAUAGAGGGCGGUUGGAUACUAUUACAAAACAUCCAAAUGUCCUUAUCUUGGGUGAAAACGUAUUUGCAUAAGCGCGUUGAGGAGACGAAGGUGACCAAGGAACAGGAGAAAUUUAAAAUGUUCAUGGCAUGUCAUUUAACCGGUGAUAGGUUACCUCUCCCAUUGCUACAAAGAACUGAUAGAUUUGUAUACGAGGAUAUCCCAGGCAUACUAGAUACUGUCAAAGAUCUAUGGGGAUCUCAGUCUUCCCCUGGUGAAUUUUCCGGAGUAUGGAGCGUGUAUUGUAGCUUCCUAUUGUCAUGGUUUCAUGCCUUGAUCACCGCCAGGACCCGAUUAGUGCCUCAUGGGUUUUCCAAGAAAUAUUACUUUAAUGAUUGCGACUUUCAAUUUGCCUUGGUGUAUUUAGAGAAUGUAAUAGCCACCAAUCCUACCGACAACAUUCCUUGGGCGCAAGUGCAAGAUCACAUAGCUACGAUCGUAUACGGAGGAAAGAUCGAUGAAGAGGAAGACCUUGAAGUGCUCGCAAAACUUUGUACGCACGUAUUCCGCGGCUCGGACAAUUUGCAGAUCGUUCCUGGGGUACGAAUCCCACAGCCUCUUCUUCAACAAAGUAAAGAAGAGGAACGGGCAAGGCUCACCAAAAUACUAUGUGAUACGAUCGAGCCUGCAGAUUCACUCAGCUCAUGGCUUCAAUUGCCAAGGGAAUCUAUUCUGGAUUACGAACGUAUUCAGGCUAAAGAUGUGGCUAGCUCAACUAAACAACUUCUUCGAGAAAUAUAG